AUGCCCUAUCCGCCCCACAGGAAUAUGCCGUUUGGAACUGCUGACCUUCAAGCUAUUAUGACUGCUCUGCAUACCUUCAUCCUCGACCGCAGAUGCAAACGUUACAAGGUAACAGGUAUAGGCCAUGCAAGAGCGUCCGAUAAACCCCCGGAGGAGAGCAGCGCCGACAACCUGUACAUGCCAAACACGCUCCGUUUCCAGCUAGGUCAUCCAGUUGUUGACAAGGCAUCAAAUCUCAGAUCAACACUUCUCAUUGGAUCCUGUUGUGGCGAAGGACAGCAACACAAAACAUCAGUUCCAAUGGGUAUUGAAGAGCGUCGUGCCGUCCUUGAAGUUGCCAUGUCCCUGAUCCAACAGGCAGACCACAUUGCUCUUAACUUUAAAGUCAGUCCGUAA